AUGGCAGAAACAUGCCCUGCCAUCCCGAUGCUUUAUCGUCUCGAGGUGCGCUGGGACCGAGAACGUCAAGAGUUCCUCCAGCAACUCCAGCGUUUGGAGCAGACCCUCCAGCCACGCCAGGAGGAUGCCACCAGCUACGAUUUGCCCGGAUGGUCUCAGAUCUCGGGACGGCUCGACGCGCUCCAUAGCGUGUUGGCGAACCAUGGAGCACGACUGCUGGAAGCACACUCCCGCGCGCAGGCGCUCAUGGAGCAUUUGGGUUGGCAGGCACCGCAGUGGCCGGAAACGCCGAAGGUCUUGUCCGAAAGCGCCUUGGCACCGCGGAUGGCACCGAAGCCAUCGGAGAGGGAACCACCUUGGAGCGGAGCAGUUGGUUGCGAAGGGGAUGAGAUGGCAAGAUCACAGGAUCUCAUUGGAAGGAAGGGCCGCAGAGCUUGCAGCCUCGUGGCGCGCAGAAGGGGAGCACAGUACAGCCACACGGAUUUGGAUCGCCAGGUGUUGCUCUAUGCACGGUGGCGCAUUCCGGGCACCUUAGCCUUCUGGGGUGCUUUGGCCAGUGUCGGCUGCUACUACAUGGGCACGCCCUUCACGCUGAAGGAGCAAGCAGGCGAGCUGCUGCUGCCCUUCUGUGAGCGCUUUCCUCAACUAGUGCCGCUGGCGGAGACCCUGAAACCGCCGAAGGUGGAGCAGAAAGAAGAGGUGGAGGUGCGCAAGUUGUGCCGGUGGAGUUCCGCUGAGAAUGACAGCAGACACCGCCGAAAUGACGGGCGCGAGUCCGUGGAUGGAGAGGAACUGCGAUCGGCGGCGUUAGGAUUCCACCGGAGGGGCGAGACCGUCGGCGCGGCAGUGAACCGGGAGACAGAUUUCAUGGGAGACGCAGUGGGGGGCUUGGGGUGGGGUGUUUCACAGAUCUUUGCGCCAACCUUCGACAUGGAGGUCUCUUGGCUUGGGUCCUUCGACGAUCGUUUCUUCGGAGUGGCCGGCCAUGGCGUGACCGGGUUCAAAAACACCUACCAGUCGGGCUUCCUUUCCAUCCUUUACUCCAUCGGCAGUAAGCCUUUGCAGAUCUGGGACAAGAAGGUGCGGAAUGGCCACAUCAAGCGCCUAACGGAUUCGGAUAUCCAGUCCAGCGUGUUGGAGAUCAUGGGCACCAACGUGAGCACCACCUACAUCACGUGCCCAGCAGAUUCCGCGAAGACCUUGGGCAUCAAGCUACCCUUCUUGGUAAUGAUCAUCAAGAACUUGAAGAAGUACUUCACCUUCGAGGUCACCGUUCUGGACGACAAGGAGGUCCGCCGACGCUUCCGUGCGUCCAACUACCAGAGCACCACCAGGGUGAAGCCCUUCAUUUGCACCAUGCCCAUGCGCUUGGAUGAAGGUUGGAACCAGAUCCAGUUCAACCUGUCGGAUUUCACGCGGCGUGCCUAUGGAACAAACUAUAUCGAGACUUUGCGCGUGCAGCUCCAUGCCAAUUGCCGCAUCCGCCGCAUCUACUUCAGCGAUCGCCUCUACAGCGAGGAGGAGCUCCCACCCGAGUUCAAGCUCUUCUUGCCGGUGGCGCAGAAGGCACAGACCGCCGCGGCUUCCGCACCGCCAGCAGCGCCCGCCGCGGCUCAGUAA